AUGGCUCACGAGUUAGCCACCAUUAAUGUUAUAAAUGGUGUACAGUACUUGCAACACCAAUCGAUAUACAACAUACACUGCGGUUGGACAAAUCCACAUCCGAACACCAGCUUCACAAUAUGGUACGCGCCACAUUCAUCCUCAUGCGGCCACCGGUUAAUGCCGCGCUGGUACAGACACUCAAAAAAGGAUCACAAAAAGGACGAGUUAAAUUUUGUCUUUCUUGCCCACUUGACAAAACAACAACAACAACAACAACAACAACAACAACGUAGGAGAAGACGACGGAGGAAGAAGGAAGUGACAUACAAAUCCAUUCCAUUUUUGCUUUUGCUCCUUGUUUACCGCAACACAGACAGAGACAGAGAGAACUUUCCCGUUGGAUACUUGUGA